UAAGUCCUUGAUUAGGAGAGUGUGAGAGCUUUUGGUCCCAACUGGCUGUGCCUAUAGGCUUGUCACCAGGAGAACAUUUGUGUUAAUUGCACUGUCCCUCUGACAAGGAAACUUUGAUUUAUAGCUGGGGUGCACAAAUUAUGGUUGCCGGGCGCACAUGGAUUCGGUAGAACUUUGCCUUCCUGAGUCUUUUUCCCUGCACUACGAAGAAGAGGAAAUGGUAUAUGUACACAGACAUGCUGUUAAUGUGAGGACGAACACUUUUUCAGAAAAUAAAACCUUACCUUCAUGCCUGCAAAAAGUCUUGGGGGUUUCGCUUCAGGCACCCAAUUACUGGCUUCUCUGCAGAAUGUCAAACAAAGAUCGACACAUUGAUUCAAGCUGCUCGUCGUACAUCAAGACGGAACCCUCAAGUCCAGCUUCCCUGACGGACAGUAUCAACCACCACAGCCCAGGUGGCUCCUCUGACGCCAGCGGGAGCUACAGUUCCACCAUGAAUGGGCACCAGAAUGGACUGGACUCGCCACCAUUGUACCCUUCGGCCACAGGUCUUGGUGGCAAUGGGCCUGUCAGGAAACGAUACGAUGACUGCUCCAGCACCAUCGCCGAAGAGUCACAGACCAAAUGUGAAUACAUGCUCAAUGCAAUGCCCAAAAGACUGUGUCUGGUGUGUGGCGACAUAGCGUCAGGCUACCAUUAUGGGGUUGCUUCAUGUGAGGCCUGUAAGGCUUUUUUCAAAAGGACAAUUCAAGGAAACAUAGAAUACAGCUGCCCGGCCACGAACGAAUGUGAAAUCACAAAGCGCAGACGCAAGUCCUGCCAAGCUUGCCGCUUCAUGAAGUGUUUAAAAGUCGGAAUGCUGAAAGAAGGUGUACGUCUUGACAGAGUACGUGGAGGCCGACAGAAGUACAAACGGAGGAUAGACGCAGAGAACAGCCCAUAUCUGAAUCCUCAACUUGUCCAGCCAGCCAAAAAGCCAUUAGCCUGGCAAGAGCCACAAGAUAACAAGAUUGUCUCACAUUUGCUGGUGGCUGAGCCAGAGAAGAUCUAUGCUAUGCCUGACCCAACCAUUCCCGACAGUGACAUCAAGGCCCUCACUACCCUGUGCGACCUGGCUGACCGGGAGCUUGUGGUGAUCAUUGGGUGGGCCAAGCAUAUUCCAGGAUUCUCCACCUUGUCACUGGCUGACCAGAUGAGCCUUCUGCAAAGCGCAUGGAUGGAAAUCUUGUUAUUGGGCAUUGUGUACCGAUCUCUCGCUUUUGAAGAUGAGCUGGUCUACGCCGAAGACUAUAUAAUGGACGAAGACCAGUCAAAAUUAGCAGGACUGCUGGAGUUGAAUAACACCAUCUUGCAGCUUGUCAAGAAAUACAAGAGCAUGAAGAUUGAGAAAGAAGAGUUUGUAACUCUCAAAGCUAUAGCACUGGCUAACUCAGACUCCAUGCAUAUAGAAGAUGUUGAAGCCGUUCAGAAGCUCCAAGACGUCUUACAUGAGGCUCUGCAGGAUUACGAAGCUGGGCAGCACAUUGAAGAUCCCCGCCGAGCUGGCAAGUUGCUGAUGACGUUGCCACUUCUCCGACAGACCUCCACUAGGGCCGUCCAACAUUUCUACAACAUCAAAUUGGAAGGGAAAGUUCCUAUGCACAAACUGUUUUUGGAAAUGCUUGAGGCUAAGGUCUGACAAAAAGAGUCUCUGGUGACCAGAUACCACCAUCAAUAGAAGAAGGGAAAACACGACAAAAUUAUGAUGGCAACCAAUGUACUGAACUUAAAGCAAAUGACUGCACUGAUCAACAGCAGAAAGACUGGAGCAGCUUUUCACUUUUUCCUCUGCAUUUUACUGGUGAAGUAUCUCCUCUCCCAUUUUUGCUGCUGAUGAACUGAAAAAAAAUUUAAGUCUUUAAUUGAGAAAGAUGGAAGCCAGCCCUGCCAAAGGACAGAAAUCCAUAGGAUGCCACUGACUUUACUAUGGCCCAUUAUGCCCCCAAUAACUGAAGGAAUUGGAAAAAAACAAACUAUAUAGCGUCACAAUAGAACACAAUUACUUAAUUCGCUAUUAAGGUUCCUUGGGAGCAGUCUCUAAUUGGACACCCUGAGCGACAUGUCAUUGGCUGCUUCAUUGCAUUUUGUUCUCCGUUUAGGCCACCUAGCCAUUUGAUUCCUGUAUUGUUUUUCAAGUCUUCCAGAUAAUUCUCAGUUCAGUACUAUGUAACUUUUUCAGGGAAUAGUUUUGAGCUUUAUUCAUUCAUGCAAUAUUAAUUAAAAAUAAUAAUAAUUAUAAUAUUAAUAUAUAAUGAUACAAAAUGCAUAUUGUUUAGAGCGACAAUGAACAAUGAGGACAUCUCUUUAAAGGACUUUUUUUUUUAAAUCUUAAUUUUUUUUCUUUAUUAUAAACGGAGGUUGUUUUAUACCAGCUUUACCAAUUUUCAGCCAUUAACCAGUUAUUAUGUGGGUAUGUCUCUUACUCAAGCAAUAGAUGAAGGGACGGUGCAUAUUACCACGGAUGCAAUUAAUGUUGUGUGCCAGUCUGGCUUGAAACCUUCAGUUUCUUAAAAAUGUGUAAAUCCUAGUAUACUUGUUUGUUUUUUUUUCCCCUAAAAUAUUAGAUUACACCUGUGAUGUACAUAAGUAGUCUAAAGUGUUCACCACUUCCAAUUAUGAGGAUGCUUGCAAACUGGUAUGGUACAAAAUAAAAAAAAUAAUAUACAAAAUGCAAAAAAAAAGUUCAUUAAUUUGCAUAAAAAAAUAAUAAAAAUGUAAAUUAAUAUUGCAGUUAAAAAAAAAGCAAAGGCCAGCAAUAAAGUGUAUGAUAUAAAUAACUCUCUUUUGGCCAGAUUAAAAAAAAAUAUAUAUAAAUAAUAAAUGUAAAAAGGAAUAUUUUUUUUUUUUUUAACAGCAAUUUUAUACAGAUAGCUAAAGCAGUCAGUGUGGUUUUUCAAACCGUAUUGUUGCAGCAUGUUAGCCGUUUGGAUAUGAGACUGUUAAAAGGUGUAAUCUAAUGUACCUUCCUCAGUUUUCCCAAUUGCUGCAGUCGCUGACAAAUACCUGCAAUGCAUCAACAUGCUCUGCCAAUGUAAGCGUUAAUAGUUGCACCCUGUAUCACGUGAACGCCCAUAAUCUAUGUACACAAAUGUAAUUAAAAUUGUAAUCCUAACAACAACAAAAAAAAAUGUAGUUCAGCUUUUCAAUGUUUCCUGUUUGCUGUGCUUUUUUUCCACAUUUAAUUUUUUUCCUUCUCAGUUGCAUUUCAAAGCUUAUAGUACUGUUCUCCUCGUGGUUGUUUGGUUCUCGUGACGUGCGCUUUUAGACACAGGGUAGAAUUAGAGGAAUAUUGGAUGUACAACUCCUUGGAAGCCUAGAGUAGUUUAACCUGUGGCUUCCUGGAAAUACUGUUCUUCUAAACUAUGCCUCCUCUGCAGGUCAAAACAUCCAAUUGUAAAAUGACACCACAAAAAACUCAUGAGGCUUUCAAAAAUAUUUUUUUUUUAAACUUGUUCUUAAUGGAACACCAAAAAUAUCUUCUAUGUUUAACUAAGCUUAAUUUUAAAGCGCUGUAAAUAUGGCUUUUAUGGAAUCAUCUCCAAUAUUAAUAACUCACCGUGUUGUUUCAAAACGUUCAUUUCAUAUUUUUUUCUUUUUUUUUGCGUAAAAGUUCCAAGACUCUACUACUCUGUGUGCUUUUAACCAGAAUACAACAGGUUGGUAAAAA